GCACGUAAGGAGCUCAGAGUGAGGCAAGGGCGGAAUGACACGCAUUGAUUCUAAAGCAUCUCUACUGUACCAGACAGAGGGACCUUUGCUUCUGCUCUUUCUUGGACCAUCCCAGAGAGGGCAACUGGCACCUGAGAGGUAAAACAAUGCCCCCCGGGGUUGACUGCCCUAUGGAAUUCUGGACCAAGGAGGAGACCCAGAGCGUGGCAGUUGACUUCUUGCUGCCCACGGGUGUCUAUUUGAAUUUCCCUGUGUCUCGCAAUGCCAACCUCAGUACCAUCAAGCAGGUACUGUGGCACCGUGCCCAGUAUGAGCCCUUCUUCCACAUGCUCAGUGACCCCGAGGCCUAUGUGUUCACCUGUGUCAACCAGACAGCAGAGCAGCAGGAGCUAGAGGAUGAGCAGCGUCGACUAUGCGACAUCCAGCCCUUUCUGCCCGUUCUGCGCCUCGUGGCCCGAGAGGGCGACCGUGUGAAGAAGCUCAUCAACUCACAGAUCAGCCUCCUCAUCGGCAAAGGACUCCAUGAGUUCGACUCCUUGAGAGACCCAGAGGUGAACGACUUCCGCACCAAGAUGCGCCAGUUCUGUGAGGAGGCUGCAUUGCGCCGCCAGCAGCUGGGCUGGGAGGCUUGGCUGCAGUACAGCUUCCCCCUGCAACUGGAGCCUGCAGCGAGGGGCUGGGGCGCUGGCACCCUGCGCAUCCCCAACCGGGUCCUCCUGGUCAAUGUCAAGUUCGAGGGCAGCGAGGAGAGCUUCACCUUCCAGGUGUCCACCAAGGACAUGCCCCUGGCGCUGAUGGCCUGUGCCCUCCGGAAGAAGGCCACAGUGUUCCGGCAGCCACUGGUGGAGCGGCCGGAGGACUACACGCUGCAGGUGAACGGGAAGCAAGAGUACCUCUAUGGCAGCUACCCUCUCUGUCAGUUCCAGUAUGUCUGCAGCUGCCUGCACAGUGGGCUGACCCCCCACCUGACCAUGGUGCACUCCUCCUCCAUCUUGGCCAUGCGAGAUGAGCAGAGCAACCCCACGUCCCAGGUCCAGAAGCCCCGCAGCAAACCACCCCCUAUCCCUGUCAAGAAGCCUUCCUCUUUGUCCCUGUGGUUCCUGGAACAGCCAUUUUGCAUUGAGCUGAUCCAGGGCAGCAAAGUGAAUGCUGAUGAACGCAUGAAGCUGGUGGUACAGGCGGGGCUUUUCCAUGGCAAUGAGAUGCUGUGCAAGAUGGUGUCCAGCUCAGAGGUGAGCGUGUGUUCGGGGCCCGUGUGGAACCAGCGUCUGGAGUUCGACAUCAACAUCUGUGACCUGCCCCGCAUGGCCCGGCUCUGCCUCGCACUUUAUGCCGUGAUUGAGAAAGCCAGGAAGGCUCGCUCCACCAAGAAGAAGUCCAAGAAGGCGGACUGCCCCAUCGCCUGGGCCAACCUCAUGUUGUUUGACUACAAGGACCAGCUGAAGACUGGGGAACACUGUCUCUACAUGUGGCCCUCUGUCCCAGAUGAAAAGGGGGAGCUGCUGAACCCUACAGGGACUGUGCGGAGUAACCCCAACACAGAGAGUGCCGCCGCCCUGGUCAUCUGCCUCCCCGAGGUGGCCCCCCACCCUGUGUACUACCCUGCCCUGGAGAAGAUCCUGGAGCUGGGACGGCACGUGGAGCAUGGGCGCUUCACCGAGGAGGAGCAGCUGCAGCUGCGGGAAAUCCUGGAGCGACGUGGGUCGGGGGAGCUGUAUGAGCAUGAAAAGGACCUGGUGUGGAAGAUGCGUCACCAGGUCCAGGAGCUCUUCCCCGAGGCGCUGGCCCGCCUGCUGCUGGUCACCAAGUGGAACAAGCACGAGGAUGUGGCCCAGAUGAUCUACCUACUGUGUUCGUGGCCCGAGCUGCCCGUGCUGAGUGCCCUGGAGCUGCUGGACUUCAGCUUCCCAGACCGUCACGUGGGCUCUUUUGCCAUCAAGUCCCUGCGAAAACUCACGGAUGAUGAGCUUUUCCAGUACCUGUUGCAGUUGGUGCAGGUGCUCAAGUACGAAUCCUACCUGGACUGUGAGCUCACCAAGUUCCUACUGGACCGGGCGCUGGCCAACCGCAAGAUCGGUCACUUCCUCUUCUGGCACCUCCGCUCCGAGAUGCACGUUCCAGCCGUGGCUCUGCGCUUUGGUCUCAUCAUGGAGGCCUACUGCAGGGGCAGCACCCACCACAUGAAGGUGCUGAUGAAGCAGGGAGAAGCACUGAGCAAGCUGAAGGCCCUGAAUGACUUCAUCAAAGUGAGCUCCCAGAAGACCACCAAGCCUCAGACCAAGGAGCUGAUGCACGUGUGCAUGCGGCAGGAAACCUACCUGGAGGCCCUUUCCCACUUGCAGUCCCCACUUGACCCCAGCACGCUGCUGGCUGACGUCUGCGUGGAGCAGUGCACCUUCAUGGACUCCAAGAUGAAGCCCCUGUGGAUCAUGUACAGCAAUGAGGAGGCAGGCAGCGAGGGUAGCGUGGGCAUCAUCUUCAAGAACGGGGAUGACCUCCGCCAGGACAUGCUGACGCUGCAGAUGAUCCAGCUCAUGGACAUUCUGUGGAAGCAGGAGGGGCUGGACCUGAGGAUGACACCUUACGGCUGCCUCUCCACCGGGGACCACACAGGCCUCAUCGAAGUGGUGCUGCACUCGGACACCAUCGCUAACAUCCAGCUGAACAAAAGCAACAUGGCGGCCACCGCUGCCUUCAACAAGGAUGCCCUGCUCAACUGGCUUAAGUCCAAGAACCCUGGGGAGGCCCUGGACCAAGCCAUUGAGGAGUUCACCCUCUCCUGUGCUGGCUACUGUGUGGCCACCUAUGUGCUAGGCAUCGGCGAUCGGCACAGUGACAACAUCAUGAUCCGUGAAAGUGGGCAGCUGUUCCACAUUGAUUUUGGCCACUUCCUGGGGAAUUUCAAGACCAAGUUUGGAAUCAACCGUGAACGAGUCCCAUUCAUCCUCACCUAUGACUUUGUCCAUGUGAUUCAGCAGGGAAAGACGAACAAUAGUGAGAAAUUUGAAAGGUUCCGGGGCUACUGUGAGAGAGCCUACACCAUCCUGCGGCGCCACGGGCUGCUCUUCCUCCACCUCUUCGCCCUUAUGAGAGCGGCAGGCCUGCCUGAACUCAGCUGCUCCAAAGACAUCCAGUAUCUCAAGGAUUCCCUGGCGCUGGGAAAAACGGAAGAGGAGGCACUCAAGCACUUCCGGGUCAAGUUUAAUGAAGCCCUUCGAGAAAGCUGGAAAACCAAAGUGAACUGGCUGGCCCACAACGUGACCAAAGACAACAGGCAGUAG